UUUGUUUAUUCACAAAGGGUUAACCGAAAUAUUUGAAAUGGAAUUGUAAAUGCUGGAUCGUUGACAUUUGGGAUUUAUUCGCAAUAUCUGAACUUUCCCAGUGCAUAAUCUAAAUAAAAAUUGUGACUAAUUGGAGGAACAACUCAGUCAUACAAGUUCAAGUCAUUAAAAUAUCUCUAGCUGAAAUCUAAUGGUCAAGUCGGAGCAAUAGAUGAUCCAAAUUUAUGCACAAUCUCAACGUCUCUAUUAUCGUCACUUUUAUGCGUGAAUAAUUGUAUAAUUUGUGAUUUCGAACAAUUGUGUCAAGAUUCUGCUGUAAGAAUUAUUUUUGUCGCCUUUAAGGUUAGACUCGAUGUCCUCCACCAUGAAGAUUCAUUACUCCUCAAGCGACGAAACCGUAAAGAAACAAGUGAUAACUCAUGGCUCAAUAACGAAUAAGCCAAUGGAAGGAUCGAUAUGUCACCUGCACAUUGAGAACGUUGAGGUGCUCCCCGCAGGCUCUCUCGACUUAUCCGCUCAUCACAGCACAAUUCUGUCCAGCCAGCCAGAUGUUGUUAUCACAGUAGAUGAAGCAUUGUCAGAGAUAGACAAUCAGAUUGAUAGAGCAAUCAGAUGGAUGGGUGAAGACGAAAUAGCUUUAAUCACCAUAAGUCUUCCAGCUCCAAACGACUCAAUAACAAUAAAAUUCAAAGCAACGUUAACGAAACACAUACCAGUAAAGCCCAUCUGGCAGUGGACUCCAGGAGAAAAAUAUCAGACGGCUCUGAAGUACAAAAACAUGGCAGUCGCAUUGGUUCAUGACAACAGACUGAAAGACGCCUUCUACAGGUUCAGUAAAGCCUGCAAAAUUAUCAUCUCCAUGGAGCCCAUUGAACCUGAUUUAGAGCUCCCAGAGGAGAUGAACAAGAAGAUACGAGAGUUGAGGACAAGCCUCUACAACAACAUGGCAAUGUGUCAACUGAAGUACAAUAACUACGAACACGCCAUUGAGUUAUGCACUAAAGUGCUCCAGAGGGACGAGAAUAAUGUGAAAGCUCUCUAUCGAAGGGGCUGUGCUUAUGGAGGAAUUAGAAAUAACGAAAAGGCGGUGGAGGACUUACAGAGGGCUAUUGAACUGGAACCAAACAACGUUGCUGUCAAGGAUAAAUUGAGGAUUUACAGCGAAAAGUGGAAAUUGGCGAACAUGGAAGCUAAUGAUAUAGUUAAGCGCAUGUUUAGAACUUGAGCAGCUUAUUUCGGGGGAAUUUAACAUCGAAGAGUUUGAUAUUCAUUUAAGCCAUGUUGUCAUCGAAGGAGAUAAAGUAUUGUCAGAGAUAGAUGAUCAGAACACCAAGUAGUUUUAAUCACCAGAAGUAUUCAGCUCUCAGUCACUCAAUUGUCAUGAAAUUCAAGAUAACGAAACCUAUCCGGUUGUGGAAACAGACUGAAAUGCCUUCUCCAGGUUUAACAUAGCCUGCUCAAUCGUCUUUUUAAUGGACGUCAUCGAGACUGAGCUAGAGCUUCCAGGAAAAGUGAAAAAGAAAAUACGAAAGAUAAGGACGAACGUCGACAACUACAUGGCAAUGUGAGCUCGAAUACAAUAACACGAACACGAAAUUGAGUUGAAUGUGAGAACUCUGUAUUGGAAAGGCUAGGCUUACGGGGGACCGAAAAUAACGAAAAAGCGAUCGAGAACUUACGGAGAGUUGCCGAACGUGAGCCUAACAACGCUGAUGUCAAGGAGAAGUUGAGGAUUUAUCGCAAAAAGUUGAGAUCGGCGACGAUUCAGGCUAAUGAUAUGGUUAAACGAAUGUUUAGAAGUUGAAUAGUUUAUUCGAAGGCGAGGGAGUAUCAAUGACGUCUGGAAUUUAAUAGAAUGAAGCUAGUUCAGGAAAACUUCCUGGAAAGGUUCGUCGCCUUUUCUUCGACGGGAAUCGGUAAACUCUAAUGGACUAUUUAGUAAGUAUAAAAAAUAGAGGAAAGAUAUAAAAUUUGUCCAUUAAAACCGAGUUAUUCAUCGAGAGUUUUGAGUUAGCCUGAAUUGUUCAGACAAUGGAAAAUAAAUUUCAAUGUUUUUAAUUAUCAUUAAAAAUCCAGAGCUGUGCAUGUCGAAGAACAACAUUUUCUUCCAGUUUAUUAUAUAGCCCCGUGGAUGAAUUUCAUGUAAUUCAUCUGAUUUGGUGGAUUUAAGACCACUUACCAAAUGAUAACAUUCUAACAACGAAUUGAUUGUGUUUUUGCAUAUUUUUUUAUGUUGAGGGAUUCUUUUGUAAACAAACAAAGCAUAACGUGCAAUAGAGAAUUACAUGAACUGCCAAUAAUUUCUCCAUCUUGCGUAAUUAAAAACAAUGUAUCCAAUUUUUUUUCAUUCAAGCUCAGCUUCAUCAUUUGCCGAAUGCCAUCUAGCAUGCUUUUUUAUCGAUUUUCUGAAUGAAGUCAGAGUCUGGAAUGAAAAAGAUUUAGGCAAAAUUCCAAGUGACGUGAAAUAAUGUGAUUUUCCCAACACCUUUUUUCUGUAAUAUAUUCAUUGAAAUAAUCGUAAAGUGCUCGUAUCCCUAUAUGCAAUUCCUUUGCUAUCACAUCUUCAAUACUAUUUCUAUGUAAAUAAAACUCCAUCGAUGUUCAAUAAAUUUGUACAACUCAAUUCAUUAAUAUAAAAAUACAGAUUUAUUGACUACCCAUUUGCAACUUACACCACAGUUAAGAUUUAAAACGUUUUACAUAUCUGCUUUUUGUUUCGAAAUUAUUUUUCAUUUCUGCAACACGGAGAUUACUAUGCUUACCUAUUAUUUAAAAAAUGAUCAAUAACGGAUCUAGAGUACCGGAAUUCGGUAAUAAAUCCAGUGAAAAACCCCUACACAUCUGUACCCUCAUAUUAAUAAGUUUUACUAUGCAACGGUAUGCGAUAAAAUGAGCUUUAAAUAUUAAAAGUGAGCUGUUAGAUCAUCCGAUCAGGCUGAUCGUGAAAGAAUUAUCGUUACGAAUAGAUCUUGAACUUUAACACAUUGAUAAAAUCAUAAUAAAUCAUAUAUUUAAGAUCACAUUGUACAUUCUUUCUGACGUUUCCUUUAUAAUCGAAUUCAUCGGCACAUCAACGAAUGAUAACACGAAUACGAAAAAAAACUUCAAGUAAUUGCAUGAAAGUUCUUUGAACCUUUCAACAGAAAGGGAGACAUUAUGAGGUGAAUAAUAUAUUCCUCCAUUAAUAGAAAACAAAUAUUCUAAACAACGAAAAAAAAAAAAAACAA